AUGGCUCCUGAAACUCCCACCAAGGUCCCCUGCACCUACUCUAGCUGCCUUCAAACUUUUGAUUCUGUCAUGCAGAUGCAGAGACACAAGAUCAUCGAUAUCAAUCACGAGUACUGCAAGACCUGUGACGAGGACUUUGACGAUGAGGAGACUUUCCUAAUCCACAGGAUCAAGAGCGAUAAGCACAUCGUCUGUCCAAUCUGUGGCUUGAACUUCCGUUCUGAAGGUGGUCGCGAUGGCCACAUUCGCCAGAACCAUCACACCCAGCAACUCCUCACUUGCCACGGCUGCAAGGAAAAGUUCAGGAGCGCUAGCGGCUUGAUGCGCCACCUUGAAGCCGACGAGUGUCCCUACAUCAGCCAAGGAGUCAUUCUGAAGCAAAAGUCCCAGAAGCUGAUGAUCAAGGAAGCACUCAAGGCCGGCGAGGGCUCACCUAUGCCUCUGAUCCCCGAUCCUGCCGAAGCCGACGACGUCGACGGUGGCGUCAAGGUUAAAUCGCUGGCGGAAAAGAACCGCGAGGCCAUGACCAAUCAGCCGUUCGCCGUGAACGCCAGUUCUGCUGCCCAUGCCUCUGCCGACCUGGCGACUCAACACUGGCCUGCUCUUAGUGGCAGUAACAACGAUUUGCCCCGUGACUUGAUGAGUCUCUCAGGAUUGGAGAUCUCCUCGUCCCAGGGCAAGGAUAAAUCCGCCUGGAAGAGCAAUGCGCGCGAGGGACCGGCCUUGGGCGGCAGUUCGUUGCCUGGAGAUCGCCCGUUUGGUAUCUCGCUCCCUAAUGCAGGUCAAACCCUUCGCCUGAUGGAUGAGCACUGGCAGGCUACCAACUUCCUCAAUUCUUUCAGUGGCCAGUACGUGUGUCCUUGCGGCUCCAGCUUCAGCCAGCGAGAUGAAUUCGAAGAGCAUGUUCUGCAAAAGAGCCGCUCGAAGCGCGUUGUCCAGUGUCCCAACUGCCUUCGCAGGUUCAAGACCACUGCAGCUCUCAUUGCCCACUGCGAGUCUCCUAGCACCCGCUGCGACAUCAACAACGGCGACAAGUACGGUCAGAUCAUCGAUGAGUUGACCGGAGGCUUAAUCCAGGCAGUUGGAUACCACGCAGACGGAACUGUCAAAUACGAGGCGGGCAAGUUUGACUUGCCAAAGAGCACCACCGUGGGGGUUAACCUCCGCGAGGUGAAGAAGUCCUAG